AUGGGGGUUCCUACGACAGGUCCAGUGAGGGUGGAUUUGCUGAGUGAAAGAGCAGCUAUGAUGAGAGAGUCACUGCAGAAGAGUCAGUCCAGUACAGACAACAUGGUCUCCAUUCUUGGCUCCUUUGACCACCGUCUCUCUGCUCUCGAGACAGCCAUGAGACCUACUCAGAUUAGAACACAUGCUAUUCGCACGGCUCAUGAGAACAUAGAUAAGACUUUGAAGGCUGCAGAGGUUAUAUUGACCCAAUUUGACCUUUCUCGCCAGAAGCUGAAAAGCUCCUCUUUAGUAUUUUCAACUCUUACUUUUAUGGCGUUGACUCUCACUGGAAGCCACCUUCAUGUAGAGUCGGAAUUAAUCAAGGAAGUGUCUCUGAUUGGACAUGUCGCAGAAGGUAGCCCUGGAAUGAAUUGUCUGGAGUUUCAGCUGGAUCCUUCUGAACAUGAGUUUACUUUGAUUGACUCUCUCUAG